UUUUUUGGUUCGCGAAUGCAGCUCGUUCAAUAAGCGCUUUAUUUCUGUAAUUUAUUAUACUAAAAUAUGCGUUCCACCUUUGAAAAGUAGUUUUAAGUGUUCUUCGAAGCCCUUAGAAUAAUAAUCAAAUGCUAUAUGUGAGCUAGAAAAGUGUUUCCCUGAUAAAAGAACCGAACAAAAAACUUGAGCAAAAUGUCUCGCCAUCGGAACGUGCGGACUAUGAACUAUGAAGAAUACGACGACGAUGACGAUUACCCCUACGGACACUCGGUGGAGGACGAAUGCAUCUCGCCGACCGAUGCCCAGCAGUGGAUCUUUGACCGCGCCAGAGGCCAACACAGCAUGUCCGCCUUUCUGGCCAACAACAGAGACAUCGAAGAGGAAGACGACGACGAGGUACAAGCGGAACAGCCCGCCCCGGAGAGUUCUAAAAGUUUACUUCAACGGAGAGAUUCGGAGUGCUACCAACUGCCGGAACUGAACGAGGAGGAUCGAGUCCGGUUGAUGUCCUGCAUGGACGAAAUACGGAACAUUGUCGGCGAGUCGCUCUCCGAUCGGCAGCUGGUGGAAGCCAUCAUGAAGCACAACUAUGACUUCGAUGCCGCUUUGGAUGAGCUUCUGAACUGCAACAAAGGUGGAACCCCUCAGCAGGCGGAAGUUGUGGAGAAGGUGCCGCCGAAAACGCCACAGGAACCCAUCGAAAAAGGCAUCGGCGAUCGAUUGCUGGAGAAAUCCGAAAAGUUACUUAGUCAACUUCCGCCUCAACUAAAGCCAACUGCCCCAACAGCGGAAGCACCACAACCACUAAUCCUCAUCACGCCAACGGCAAAGAAAACCAAUGUCACCAGAGGCUUCGAAAUUAACAGCCCUCGCAUUCAGUCUCCCUCAGCGUCAGGCCGCAACACUCCCACACAGGAAAUCAGCGAUGACACCAGACAGUUCCAAACGCCCAAACCGUUGCCAAAGGAGCUCCAGCGCAUCGCACAGGAACUGUUCAAGAAGGAACGCGGUGGAGAUAAGCAACACAUCCACAUGGUGGUCAUUGGUCACGUUGAUGCCGGCAAGAGUACCCUGAUGGGUCACUUGCUGUGCGACACGGGAAACAUCAGCCAGAGGGUGAUGCACAAAAACGAACAGGAAAGCAAGAAACUCGGAAAGCAGAGCUUCAUGUACGCCUGGGUGCUGGACGAAACCGGCGAGGAACGCGAAAGGGGUAUCACGAUGGACGUCGGAAGCUCGCGGUUCGAAACGGCAAAUAAGCAGAUUACGCUGCUUGACGCGCCCGGCCAUAAGGACUUCAUACCAAACAUGAUCUCGGGAGCUAACCAGGCGGAUGUAGCCCUGCUCGUAGUGGAUGCCACAAGGGGAGAGUUCGAAACGGGUUUCGAGCAGGGUGGGCAGACGCGUGAGCAUGCCUUGCUAGUUCGAUCCCUAGGAGUGAGCCAGUUGGGUGUUGUCGUCAACAAGCUGGACACCGUGGGCUGGUCCCAACAACGGUUCGAUGAAAUUGUAGGCAAGUUGAAAGUCUUUUUGAAGCAAGCUGGAUUCAAGGAUUCCGACGUAGUUUAUGUUCCUUGUUCUGGGUUGACUGGAGAGAACUUGGUGAAGGAUCCAACCGAUACCGAGUUGCUCAGGUGGUACAAAGGUCCAACUUUAUUGAAAGUUAUCGAUUCCUUCAAGACCCCUGCACGCUCGAUAGAGAAACCGUUCCGUAUGUCGGUGUCGGACAUAUUCAAAGGAACCGGUUCGGGUUUCUGCAUUUCGGGUCGUAUCGAAUCCGGAGUGGUUUGCGUAAACGAUAAAGUACUGGUGUGCCCCAGUAAGGAGCAAGCAGUGGUUAAAAAUAUUGCCAUCGACGAAGUGCAAUACACGACCUGUUUCGCCGGGGAUCAGGUCUCGAUCACCUUGGCGAACAUCGACAUUGCCAACAUCUCCGUUGGCUACAUUCUCAGCGACAUCUACAAUCCGAUCCCGCUGGCAACGAAAAUACGGGCACGGAUCGUAGUGUUCAACGUCAAAGUGCCAAUCACCAUGGGCUACCCGGUGUUGCUGCACCACCAGUCGUUGAUCGAACCGGCAACGAUUUGCAAACUUAAAGCUCAACUACACAAAGGAACGGGCGAAGUGAUUAAGAAGAACCCACGCUGCUUGGGUAACAAUUCUUGUGCAUCGGUGGAUAUCGAGUUUCAACGACCAAUCUGCAUGGAAAGAUACGCAGAUUUCAAGGAACUCGGCAGGAUUAUGCUGCGCGUCAGUGGCGUAACUAUAGCGGCUGGGCUCGUUACAGAUAUUGUUAAGUAAGUAUGAUCAAGUUCAUCUUCUUACUCUAGACGGUCGUUUGAAAUCAAAUCCGGUUGCAAUAAAAAUGACAACGUGAAA